AAAAACAACCCCCCUUUCCCCAUUUUCUCUCUCCAAAACAAACAAGCAAUCUCAAUUCUCAAAGACCCCACAAAUCUCUCCUUUAAACCAACCCACCCCUCCAAAUUCCUCAUCACCCCUAAACCCCCAAAUUUCUCAACAAUGCCUGCUUCCUCCUCAGAGACGAGGAAUAGAUGGAGGAAGCGGAAGCGAGAGCCAUUAAGGAAACAGAAGAACCAACAUCAAGACGACGACGUUUUUGAAGAAGACGAUGACGUGGAAGAAGACAUUGACCAACAGGAAUUAAUUGAAGACGAAAACCCUAAUAACGUGGAUCGAAGUUUUAACAACAACUCUGUUGAGUUGGUUUCGGAAAUCAGGGAGCGAAUUAGCGAGUUUCCUGUAGUGGUAAAGCGUGCUGUAACGCGGCCACAUUCGUCUGUGGCGAGUAUUGUGGCGAUAGAGAAGGCGGGGUUGAGUGGGGAGACUAGGCAGAGUAAUGGUGGUGGGGUGGUUUUGGAGAAUGUGUCCUAUGGCCAGCUACAGGCGCGUUCGUUUGUGCCUGUAGAUUGUCACGCGUUGUUGACUGAGGAAAGUGGUGGUGGUGGUUCGUAUGUGAUUACUCCUCCGAGGAUAUUGCCUGGUCGCGGUGUUGUUAAGCGUUAUGGAAGUGCUGGGAGAAUUCAUGUUGUCCCUAUGCACGCAGAUUGGUUUUCACCUAAUACUGUGCACAGAUUGGAAAGACAAGUGGUGCCGCAUUUUUUCUCUGGAAAGUCAACUGAACAUACACCCGAAAAAUACAUGGAAUGUAGAAAUUGUAUUGUUGCAAAGUAUAUGGAGUCUCCUGUAAAGCACUUGUCAGUUGCUGAUUGCCAUGGGAUAGUAGCUGGUGUCAGUGCUGAUGAUGUAACUCGAAUUGCAAGAUUUCUUGAUCAUUGGGGGAUCAUCAACUACUGUGCUGCUCCUCCUAAAGGUGAGGCCCCAAAAGAUGGCACAUAUUUGUAUGAGGACUCAAACAGUGAUGUCUGUGUUCCAGUAGCUGGUUUGAAGUCUAUUGACAGCUUAGUCCAGUUUGACAAGCCUAAAUGUCGCCUGAAGGCAAAAGAUGUUUAUCCUGAACUUGUGCGUGACUGCGAUGAUGACUCCGAUUUUGACAACUCAAUCCGAGAACUGUUGUCUGAAAUAAGAUGCAAUUGCUGUUCUCGGCCUGUUUCUCUCGCGUACUACCAGUCACAGAAGGAGAUUGAUAUUCUAUUGUGUUUGGAUUGCUUCCACGAGGGUAGAUUUGUUCCUGGUCACUCUAGCUUGGAUUUUUUCAAGGUGAGCUCUAUGAAAGAUUAUGGAGAUCUAGAUGGAGAUACUUGGACUGACCAAGAAACGCUAUUGCUUCUCGAGGGAAUGCAACUCUACAAUGAAAACUGGAAUCAGAUUGCAGAACAUGUUGGCACCAAGUCAAAGGCACAGUGCAUCCUUCAUUUUGUCCGCCUUCCUGUGGAUGGUGCCCCAUUGGAAAAAAUUGAACUUCCAGGUGCAUCUGGUCCCUCGAGUUCUUGCACGGGUGAAGAUCGUAACCAAUCGUAUUCAAUUUUGAAUGGGAAUCUUGCGGGACCAAGCACUGAAAACCUUGAUUCUGAUAGUAAGUUUCCAUUUGAGAACUCUGGAAAUCCAGUAAUGUCCCUGGUUGCUUUUCUGGCAUCUGCUGUUGGACCGAGAGUUGCUGCAGCAUGUGCCCAUGCAUCCUUGGCAGCAUUAUCUAAGGAUGAUACUUUAAGUGCAUCACGGAACAUGACUCAGAUGGAUGGAUCUACAGCAAAUAAUGGGACCAGUGUAGGAAGAAUGCCUGGAAAGAGUGGAAGUCCUCAUGGUGAUGUUGGAAAUUCGCAUCAGCUAAAAGAUGAAAAGUCUGGAGGACAAGGUCCACGGGGUCAACAGGAUGCUGGAGGUGCUCCAUUAUCCACUGAAAGUGUAAGAGCUGCUGCUAAAGUUGGUCUUGCAGCUGCAGCUAUAAAAUCAAAGCUUUUUGCUGACCAUGAAGAACGUGAGAUUCAACGAUUAUCUGCAAACAUAAUCAACCAUCAGUUGAAGAGGUUAGAGCUGAAGCUGAAGCAGUUCGCAGAGGUGGAGACCUUGUUAAUGAAAGAAUGUGAACAAUUGGAGAGAACAAGGCAACGCUUUGCUACAGAACGUGCUCGGAUGAUGACAACUCAACCUGGUUCGGUUCGCGUCUCCCGACCAAUGGGCGUGUCUGGUGCUGGUGCAGCAGUGGUCAGUAACACGUCAAAUAGUAGGCAACAAGUUGUUUCAGGUCCUCCACAGCAAAAUUUUAUUUCUGGAUAUGGCAACAACCAACAAAUGCAUCCCCAAAUGUCAUUUAUGCCACAACAAGGAAUGUAUGGAUUUGGGCCUCGGCUGCCACUAUCAGCAAUACACCCAUCCUCUUCAACACCCGGUAUGUUUAAUGCACCAACAAGUUCACAGCCUGCUCUCAGUCAUUCAAUGCUCAGACCUGUAUCUGGGACGAAAUCUGGUUUAGGUUGAUUGAAGAGUGUGAUUAAGCUUUGGAUUUGCUUCAGUUUACUGAUCAGUUCUCUUCAUUUCGCAAUUAUUGGGGCGAGAGAACAAAGGAAUUACAGUUGCAUUGCUCUGUCAGACGGAUUGAGACAUUAAUGAAGCCAAUCGACUGAAGAUGCAGCUCGGACUGACAGUGCAUUGGCCUCUGAUUACUCAAGCAGGAGUGCUCAAAUUAGUUACUGCUUUAUGCAGCUAAACUUAAUUCAUAGAAACAACUUGUAUUAUAUUUCGGUUUCUAAUGUGAAAUAACACGCUUUUGGUAACAAGAAGUACGAGAACUAGGGAUCUAGAAAUGUAGUUCUGUGCAGUACAGGUAAUGAAGAUGGAGAAAACAGGCAAUGGAAUAUUGACUGUCUUUAGGUACAUGCCUUUUCUUGAUCAUAGAAGUCGUGUAACAAAAUUGUUGUGCGGAUUCCUACGUUUGUAGUUGUUUCGUAA